ACAAUAAACUAAUCUAAUCUAGAUGCGAUCCAGAUUUGACCAGUCAAGACCAGUUGAGAGUGCCUGGAUAAGGUAAACAGGGGUCGGAUAGGUUUCUCCGUUCUGCUGGAUAUAAAUAACUGCUAAAGAUCUCGCUGUUUUUGUUAUUGCAAGGUUUUCGUUGACCGUCGAGUUACAUGUUUAACAUGAGCCAUCUGCGACCCAUCCUAUCGGUGCAAGUUAAGAGCUGAUCCGCAAGGGGUCAUCCAGGGAAAGAUCGAGAGAUUCCAAUCGCCGAAGCAUUACUUGAGUGAGACCUUUUGCAUUUUGUUAGUCCUGCUGUUUGCGACUAAAACUUUUUUUAAAUUGUACCUGUUGAUUGAAAUCUGCACCGAUUCAGCUGUCAAACUGUUUUGCGAGAACAGGUAACCCAGGCCAGAUAACUGAGGCAGCCGCUCAGCAAGUGUGGGGUGGGCUUUGCGAAAUUCGCUACAGACGCUGAGGUUCAGCCAUAGGAAAAACAUCACUGCACUUCCGAGAAGUUGCAUUGUUGGAGAUAACAGUGGGAACUGGAAACGCUAGCAGAACAGGAGUCUUUGUACUCGUAUGUGUUGCUUCAUUUCUAUCUCCUGCAAUUGUCAUGACCACCUUUGGGUUACAAGCAUGUGACUGUGGUGGAGUUUCCUGCAGCAUGAUCCUAAAGGCCACUGGACCCAGUUUAUGCGGCUUUGCAUUGAUAUUCAUCCUGCUUUCAAGAUCGAGAAGCCUGGUUAAUUUGACCCGACUGGAAUACUCAGCUGACCAACGGUGCUAUUGCUCUUGUGGCGAACAGACAUCCUUUGCCCAUUUCCUCAUCUUUGGUGUCCUGUUUUGCUUGAGUGGGAUGCUGCUGACCACGAUUGGAGUUUGGGCUGUCACCUGCACUGGCACCGUGGACGGCCAAGCACUCAACUUCCCAACGAGAAUUAAUGAGAACGAGAAGUGCAAACUGCUGUUUUUACAAAUCAUGGGCCCGGCAGUGACAUUCAUUGGUAUUUGCUUCUUGUUAAUGGCCCACGUCAAAAGGAAGGUGGCAUCAGGUGCCGAUGAAGAAAGUCCACCUAUAAAUGAUCACGAGCCAUGCACCUCAGGCACAUGUAAUAUUGUAACAGAUAGAUCUGGGCUGGUUUUUCCAUUUCCGCCGCCUUACUUCCUUGAGCCACCACCAAUGGUGAAUGAUGCCUGUGAAGCCAGCUGGCCUGCCCCCAGUGAAGACCCUCCGUCUUAUUACAGCAUCAUCUUUUGCAGAGCAGAGGAAACCCACGAUGAUUUACAAGACACGUUAACAGUGGAUGAAGUUCCCGACAGCAUUCCACCGCCUUCAUAUGAUGAAAUCUUCCCUGUGGAAAGUGAGGAUGCCUCUGGACAUUAGCUUCAACGC